AUGGCGAAACCACAGACUCAGGAUGUGGAUGUUAGCGUACCGUCCUCAGCACUGACAAAUCGUGCUCAAAAGGCUGCGGCGACACGAGCGCGCAACAAGGUCGCGCAGGAGGCCAAAGACGCCCUGGAGCUACAAAAGCCAAAAGUCGACCGUAAUGCAAAAGCAAAAGCUGUCGCAAACGCAGUGUGGAUGAAGAAGACUGAAGCGGCCCCUAAUCGGAAGCGCGCUGGAUCGGGAACGAUGCCCACGAUCGCAAAGGAGGCCAAAAGAUCCAAGAAGAGCGAAAAGGCUGCCGACCAGAAGGCCGAGGAACCAGCGCGCAGAUAUGCUGCACCGUUGCUCAACGCGUCCGAUGCUGAGUCAGCAUCUGAGGAAGAGGAACAGCACAGCGACGAUGCGGAGCACGUUGAGCUUGAGGGCGAGCUGUUGGAGUCAGAUGACGAGCGGCUGAUGGGACUUGCUCCUGCCGGGAUGGCCCAUGCCCUGGGAGCGGAAGCGGCAUCGUGGCAAGGUGCGGAAGACGACUCCGACCCUGUACUUCAUGUGCCCCCCAAGUAUCAGCGGAAGUCCUUCAAGUCUCGUAGUUCAAGUCAGUCAUCAUUCGACUCGAGCUACAUCAGUGUACCCGAAGACGACGACUCCGCUAUCGAGGACACUGAGGCGCCUGUUCCACCUCUUAGCGUGGCCAAGCAACCAUCAGUCCGUCCUAAGGCGUCAAAACCUUCGGAUGCAGCUCGGAGAUAUCUGCCUGGAUCAGCGGAUCUUUUCGACAGUGACGAGGAUGUUGUCGUGGCGCACCCGUAUGAGGAAGCGCCUGGCCCGGGGAUGAAAGCGACGAAUAGAGGACGCAAGAAAACGGCUGAGAAUGUGUACACAGACUCUUCGCGUCCAGUGAAGUCGAAGCGAAAGUUGAUACAGGAGUCAGAGGCUCCCCGUUGGCGCAACUCUGCAACCGGAGCUGGCCACGAGCAAGCCGCUGCCGCUCCUGCAUUUCGAGCGCGCUCUACAGCCAUCGACUCUACCGUCGUGAAGCAUGAUGUAUGUGACGUUGUCUCUCAAAAUGGACGCGGCGCCCACUACGAUAUGACGGAGCUCGUCUACAACCCUCGAGGCACCCUCAAUCUGACCGCGCAGACAAGAGAAAUCCAGGAGGUUGUGCGGAUCGCCAUUGACAUCAUUACAGUCGGUAUUCUUAUGGACGAGGCCUAUCCAGACAUGGGAGAUAAGAUUAAGUUGGGUGUUGAUGCGUGUGCUGAUGCUGCAAGGGAGUUGGGAGAUGAUUAUCUCCCCAUCCUUCAGAAGCUGAAGGAUAAGAGGGAGAAAGUGUUCCGUCACUCUCUCGGUGCUUUGCCUGUUGGCCGAAUAAGCCUCACCCGCGGAGAAAUACGCACCGUCGCAGUUGCUCAGGUGGUCGGGCAUUACGGUCUCACUCAAGGAUGCGGCGAGUACGCUGCCGGUCUACUUCAAGGGCAACGAUACAUCUUUCCUGGCGACUUACGUCCGGGCGGGCGCUUCAAGAGCAAAGAGCCAUACCGUCAUCCGGCGGUCCUCAAUGUCUUACAGCAAGCUAUCUUUACAGGACGAAGCUCGUUCGCAAGUGGUCAUAUCCAAUUAUUCGAAUCUAGCUCAAAGGAUUAUCCCGACGAGAAGGAAGUCCCACUGGCAAUGUUAGCUCUCGUGUCGACGGCAAUUCACGCCGCGAUCGAUGAAUGGAGCUCGGGUACAGUUAUGCAGCUCGACUUCAGCGGGAACCGAUUUGCCGCGGUCUAUACUGCUCACAAGGACACCCUCAAGCACAUACAGAAGACCUCGCCGAAGUUCUACCAUGAAACAAUGGCGUAUCUCUUCAAGACAGCACGGGGUGCUACGUACGAUCGUGCUGGGGGGGAUGUCGUGAAUUCGGCCAUCACUCUGAUGGAUCUCUCCGGGCUGGACUGA